CCUUGCGCGGGGGCGGAGGCGGCAGGGAUGCGAUGGCUGAAUCUAUGCCGCUGGAGGUGUGGAAACUGAGGCUCAGAGAGGUCACACAGCCUGAGGUCACACAGCUAGGAAUCUAUGGGAUUUGAAUGAGUCUAAGUUAGCCUGGCCUAAAGCCUGUGCUUUACACCUAUAUCUGAGAGCAAGGGACAGAAGAGCAUGAAGAGUACAGAGUAUUAUCAGGAUCAUCAGAUGCUCACAUAUAUUCUGAGCUUCCUGCCUCUGUCAGAUCAGAAAGAGGCCUCCCUCGUGAGUCGGGCUUGGUGCUGUGCAGCCCAGAAUGCCCUUCGGGAGCAACCAGGCCUUACCUCCCUGGACCUCAGCGGCUGCUCAGAACUGGCGGACGGGGCACUCUUGGCUGUGAGCCAGGGCCUGUGGGGCCUGUGGCACCUGAGCUUGAGGACGCUGCAGCAGCUGACGGAUGUGAGAUGCUCAGCCCUAGGGGGCCUGCGGGAGCUGCAGAGCCUCGACGUGGCCGAGUGCUGCCUGGUGAGAGGGCGGGAAUUGGCCCAGGCCCUGGGCUUGGUGUGCGGAGCUCCCCCACUGGCCUCCCUCAGCCUGGCCUACUGCUCCUCACUCAAGCUGCCCUCCUGCCCCUCCUGCGCCUGUUUCUGGGAACAGCUGAGGGCCAAACUCGGGAGGAAUCUGGGAAGCAGGGGCUUCCUCUCACGGCCACCCCGAGAGCUGGGCAUUGGGCCUCCAGCCGCAAAAGGACCCUUCUCCCCGGCCACAGGGCCCGCCCCGCUCACGCUGCAGGCCCUACGGGACUUGGACCUCACAGCCUGCAGCAAGCUGACUGAUGCCAGUUUGACCAAGGUGCUCCAGGCCCCACAGCUGAGGCGGCUGUCACUGAGCCUGUUGCCAGCACUCACAGACAAGGGCUUGCUGGCUGCGGCCAGAGGCUGCCCCAGCGCGGAUGUGCUGAGUCACUGCAGCCGCCUCAGCGACGAGGGCUGGCCAAGGCUGCAGCACCUCAACCCGUCCAGGUGCAGUCAGCUCUUAGAGCAGGGAUGGCCCCCCUGCGGAACGCUGGGUUCCACUGGGCGGGUGUGUAAUCAGCUCCGGAUGGUAGAUGUGGCCAUGUGUCCUGGCAUCAGCAUGGCUUCCGUCAGGCACUUCCAUGCCCAACUGCCUGAGGUGACCUGCAUCCAGUCCCGCUUCGUGGGAGUGGCUGACCUGACCCUAACACUGAGGCCAGGUCAGUAACC